CCCAAAUCAGAAGUUUGAAGGAUAUCAAUCUGGAAGAUGGAUCUGAACUAGAUUAUAGUCAAAACAAAACUCUGUCUGAUGUUUAUUUAGCUUUUUCUUUUUUUAGCAUUUUCAGACCUGUAGAGAUUUAAUCCUCUGGAUUAUUUUGUUCAACACAGACCCACAAACAGAAGAACCUGAGCUCUCUUCCUAAAAGUUUAUCUUCAUGCAAAUGUCACUGGAUGACUGAUUAUCCAAACCAGUAAGCUUGAUUGCUGCAUCAUCCUGGUCCCGCACACAUAAAGGUCAGUGUAUCUAUGUGGAUCAUGGAUCGAGCUCUGUGGAAGCUUCUCUUUUUUGGUUUGUUCUUCAUCUGAUUAAAUACUCAAAAAACUGACGCUCUAUGUUUUUGAUAAACAUCCGUUUUUCUCCCCCAGGGUCCUUUUUUCUGGUUGUGGACAUUUCACAUCAGAUUGACACCAUCAGCUUCCUCCGGCAGUACGUUGUUGUGUCUGACGUUGGGAGGACCUGGGAAGAUGCUGAAGCGUACUGCAGCCAGAUGUAUGACGGCAUGGCCUCCAUAUCUGGGCCAGAGGACAUGAAGGAGAUCAGCAGCAUCCUUACUCAAAACUUCACAUACCGGCUCUGGAUUGGUCUGUAUGAUGCCGUGGAUAGCUGGAAAUGGUCGGAUCCACAAAAUGGCGUGAAGGUGGGCGAUUACCGGCCUUGGCAGGCAGGUCUGCCAGACAAUGUGGGAGGGAUGGAGAGCUGUGGCGCCAUCUCUAGAGACGGCUACUGGAGAGAUUACACGUGCACCUCACUGUUGCCCUUCCUCUGCUUCAAUGUUCAGCAGAACAGCUACGAGCUACAGCUUGAGACGAGAUCGUGGCUGGACGCUCAGAGCUUCUGCAGGCUGAACCACGCAGACUUGGCGAAUGUGACAAGCCCAGCAGAAGGAGAGAAGGUGAAGGCCUUGCUGCAGCGUGACGGUGUGGAGCAGGCCUGGUUCGGCCUGCACCGGGACUCCUGGGUGUGGACGGACGGCAGUGCCACAUCAUACACCUCGUGGUUGGCUGGACAGCCCAACAACGCCGGAAGAUCACAGGGCUGCGUUUACAUGGAAAAAGAGAAGUGGAACGACUUCCCCUGCACAAACCAAUACUACGUCCUCUGCCAAAAGCUGUUUCCCAGACGGAAGAGGUUUGUGCUGAAACUGGAGCUCAGCUCUGACAUCAACCCCAACCUUCCUUCAGUGAGAGAGUUUCUGCUGCAGCAGCUGCUCUCAUGGCUGGCAGACUCGGGACUCACGGACGUGAAGGUCAGCUGGAGAUGAACGCGUCUUCCUGUAGACGUCAUGAGCAGGACGGAUGUACAAACAAACCACUAGAAGAUGAAUCUGCUGCUUUUCUCUGAAAAAUAAGAAAUUGAGCAAGGGGCUGCGAUGCGUUUCUCAUUUGAGAUGUCCUCCUGCAUAAAACAGUU